GUUAGAUGUCGCCUUUAAAAAAAUAGAGCAGCCGUCUUGAUAUAUAAAUAAACGAAAGAAUAAAUUUAGAACAGUAAACAAUGGAAGAUCAACAAAAUAUUUGCAGAGUAUGCUUAAAAAUUGUUAACAGCGGAUGUUUUAAGUAUUUAGAGGAAAUAUUAGACAUUAGAAAGGGUGAAACUAUCAGGGAUUUACUGCAUUUUUGUGUACCAGAAAUAGACUCCUAUGUUUCUGCAAAUCCCAUAGUAUGUUUGGGUUGUUACGACAACAUAGUCAAUUUUUACAGCUUUAAACUGAAAUGCAUGGAUAGUGAAAACAAAAUCAAAGAAUACAUAAUAAAAAACAAUCUGGUGGAGUAUAACCAUGUAAAUUUAAACUGUGUUUUAAACGAUAAAAAAAAUACAAACAAUUCAUUUUCUAACAAAAUUAUUUUGGCAAAAACUGCAGCUAAUAAUUUUGUUAUUAUAAAUGGUUACCAAAACAGUUUAAUAAAUGUCAAAUCUUCAGGGGACAGCACAAAAUUGGAAAAUUCCGAUCUAUUGUUAUACUGCAAAAAAUGUCCAUUUAUAUCCACAGAUGCUCUAAAAAUGUCCCAACACAAAUGUGAUUUUUCCUUAAAAAAAGAAGAAAAAGAUGACUUAUUAAAACUUACAGCUACUGUGAAGUCUGUUACGAAACCCGUAUUUUCUUGCGAUAAAUGUCCGUUUCACUCCACUAAUUUCCCAAGUUUAAAACAGCAUAUUAUGUCAAUUCAUGAACAAGAUGAAUUCAAAUACUGCUCGCAAUGCGAAUACAAAACCACCAACAAUUUAUUCCUUAAAAGACACAUCCUAAGCCAUUCGCGACCGUCAAUAGUAAAAUGCCCGCACUGCAGCUACGAAACCAAAGACCGCAGCAAUUUCAAAAAACACGAGUUCAUACACACCAACAAACCCAACCAGUGCAAUUUUUGUAAAUACCGUUGUGUAUCCCCGUAUCAAAUGCGAAGGCACAUAAAAAAUAUGCAUAAAAAGGAAAGUAGAACAAAUGGUAAUAAUUUUGAUAGUAUGUUUAGUAGAGUUGAUGUCGAGGAGAAAUGGAUUGGACAUUCCAUGUAAUGUAUUGUACUUAUAACCCUGUGAUUAAUUAAUAAAAUAAACAUUUAAUACUAUCUAUGUUUUUCAAUGUCU